AUGGCGGACGCUCCGGCCGGAUCCGCAGCUCCUGCUACCACAGCUGCCUCUCCUACAGUUGAGAUCGUACCCAUCGAAGUUGAUCGGGACACGGUCGAUGAUCCCACCUUCGAGGAGCAAUUGACCACUUUCACUGCAUCCCUAUCCUCCAGCGUCCUUGAUUAUCCUGUUGAGCACGGUCGCCGAUACCAUGCCUUCCGAAAGGGGUCCUAUGUUUUCCCCAAUGACGAGGUUAUCGGGUGUGACCUCAGUCCGAUUCAGCCAACUUGGGUGCCUCCAAACGUCAAGUUCGAAGUCGAUGACGUCGAGAGCGAAUGGACCUACAACUUUACCUUCGACUUCAUCAUGUGCCGCUAUAUGGCUGGCUCUAUUGGGGACUGGCCUAAGCUCUUCAAGAGCAUAUAUGACAACAUAACUCCUGGCGGGUGGGCCGAGUUCCAAGACUGGGACUUGCGAUGCGCCUCGGAUGAUGGGACCUUGACGGCGGAGCACGUAACCCAUCAAUGGUGUACAAGCUUCCUCGGAGUACUAGAUAGCAUCAACCGCAAUGCUUACCCAGGCCCAAAGCUCCUCGAUCGUGCUAAGACGGCCGGCUUCAUCAACACGCAUGAGGAAGUAAUCAAGGUGCCACUCGGACCGUGGCCCAAGGACCCCAGGCUAAAGGAGAUUGGCAUGAUGAAUCUUGUGCAAACUCUUGAUGGCCUCGAUGCCUCUCUCAAGGCGCUCAUGAUGCUGGGAUACACUGAGGAGGAGGUCACGCUCAUGCUCGCGCGGGUCCGAAAGGAGCUGAAGAGCCGAGAAUUUCAUUCGUAUAUCAAGUUGUAA